GUACCGUUGGUUGCAAGGAGCCAUCUACUUGCACUGUGCAGGUGUAUGCCUACUGUGUAAGCUUACUGUGUUUGUGUUGUGGUGAAGGGACCGGUCACUGAUCAGUUUUCAAGGAAAAUGCUCGACCUACUCACUCUGAAAGGGAUAUCGAAACAGAUAAUUGUGGCCUCGGUGGCUUCCCUGGGCUAUCUCACAAUUGGACUAAUCCGUGGAUACUCUUCUUCUGCCGUACCAUCCAUGUCAAAACAUGAUCCACAUCUUGUACCUGAUGACUACAUCAUUUCUUGGAUUUUGCAAGUGGUUUUAAGUGAAAAAGCAGAGCAGCUACCAAUAACUAAAUGUGCUCUUAAUUUAAAUGCCCAAAAUCGUGCUCAUAAAUCCACUAUACAUUCACGCCAAGUGUAUUUUAAGGUAAGCGAGUGUGCAGUUCCAAAAAUACGGGGGAUCCUAGGAUCGUUACCAGCCUUAUUCAUGGCGUUCGGAGUUCUGGUUUCAUACAUUCUAGGAGCGUUCAUGCCUUGGAAUCACCUAGCCAUAGCUUCAGCACUAUUCCCUCUAGCAAUGCUCAUAUUUCUGAUUCCACUUCCGGAGUCGCCGAUCUGGUUGCGCAAUAAGAACAGACCGGCCAAAGCGGACGAAGCCCUGCAAUGGCUCAACCAGAACCCACAUUCUAUGAAGAUGGAUGUGUUCAGUGUUGCUACAUCAGAGAGUAAAACUCCUCAACAACCGAAAACAGUUGUUGCUCUGCCAGUUGAUAAAUCAAAAGACACUAAAAACAAAACUCCACACCCCUAUGCUUCAAGCGUACUAUUCUCGAAGCCAAUCAUGGUCCCAUUCGGGUUAUCUUGUAUGAUACUCAUAUUUCAACAAGUGAGUGGUAUAGAUACUGUUAUUUUUUAUACAGUCAUGAUCUUCAGUGCGAGUAAAAGCUCGAUAGGGGAUUAUACAGCUACUAUUAUGGUAGGACUGGUUCAAGUGGUGGCGACUUUUUUAUCGAUAUUCUUCAUAGACAGAGUUGGCAGGAGACCUUUGCUUCUUGUUUCAGGGGUGACAAUGGGAUUUUCUAUGGCAGCGCUGGGAACUUACUUUCAUCUGAAAGAUCAGAACAAAGCUGAAGGACUUGGUCUCCUGCCAGUUGUGAGCCUGAUAGUAUUCACAGCUGGUUUCUCAAUAGGCUACUGCAAUAUUCCAUUCCUACUCAUGGGAGAACUCCUUCCAUUAGCACAGAGAAGCCUUUUGAGCUCCAUCGCCGGAGCUCUCAACUUGGGCUCUAUGUUUCUAAUUAUAAAAACCUAUAAUAAUAUUAAGGAGCGUGCUGGGGAACAGGGUGUUUUCUGGCUUUACUCGUUUUUCUGCUUUCUUAGUUGUAUAUUUGUUUUCUUCUUCCUUCCUGAGACAAAGGGGAAAUCACUAGAGGAAAUUGAAAACUACUUCCACAAAAAUACAUUUGACAUGACAGAUGAGAAACGAUCAGACGAUGUAGCCGAUGAGAAGAAGUCAGCUAAACAAGAGGAUGAUAGAAAAUGAAAACCAUAUUCAUAUUGAUUGAUUUCCUCAAUCUUCAACAAAUCGUUUAUGAAUUUGCCUGGCGCUUAAACACUCCAUCAACACGAAGCGUGACAUUCAAGAUUUAGGACUUCAUGUGAAGGUACGUACAGACGAACACGCGCAUUUCAGCCGAUGAUGUGCUCAUUAUAUGUGUAUAUUAUUGUUACUGUACAAAUACAGAUAGGCUAGCUUCACACGCAUUUGAUUUCAUUCGGUUCGGUUCGGUUCGUUACCGAAAACGAAUGAGGCUUUCAUACAUGUCAGAUUUUAAUUCGUACGGUUCUAAUUAGUUAUUUUCUUCUCAAACACAGCUGUGUUUGGAUUCCCACAGUUCAUGCUGGUAUAUUCAAAUAUAACAGCUGGUGUUGAAUUGUAAGAUGUUAUUUCUUGAACAUCAACAUUUUAAAGUUAAUUGAAAAUACUGUGAAUCAUUUGAAUAGUUUAUUUUUGAUUAUGUUAAUUUCGGAUAUUCAGAGAGAUUAUUUUUUUAAAUUGAAAAUUUGCUGUUCCUUGUUUUGACACAUGGUAUAUAAACUUCAUCUCUUCUCCCCAUUGAUGAAAUCAUGAAUUCGUGGAUGAAUAAAAAAAUAAAAAUCCUCCCUGAGUUUUAAUUUAAACGGUAUCUUUCAUAUUUUUUUAGCAAACUAUUCAUUGAGAAAAAAUGUUCCUGUGAACUAACAGAAAUGAAUUGACCAUAUGAUUUUGACUUGGAAAAUUUUGAAACAGAUAAAAUGAAAACAAAUAAAUAGGUUAAAACAGGUUAAAAUAAAAACAAAAAAAGGCAAGCGUGUGUAAAAGACUUUUUUUCCUGUUGUUUCCCUACUAGCAACGAAUUCGAAUAUAUUAUGAAACCCAUUCGUGUCGAGGGGGCGUUCGGGUGUUAUGCGGUUGCUAUUCGGUACCGAAAUCAAACCGAAUCAUCGUUUCACACUUAUAGGAAUUUGCCGAAAACGAAAUGAACAGAACCGAACCGAAAGUGUGUGAAAGUAGCUUCUCGCUAGCAACGAAUUGAAACCUGAUGGAAUUUAUUAGAUUCAAGUGGGCGUUCGGUUCUAUGCGGUACCGAAUUCAAACCGAAUUACCGUUUCACACUUAUCGGAAUUUGCCGAAAACGAAACGAACCGAAUGAGUGUGAAACUAGCCUAAGAGAAGCAUCAGUUGAUGAAAAGUGAAAUGCGCGUCUUCGUGGCGCAUAAGUCUGUACGAACCUUUAGAUAUAGGAUCGUGAACUCCAUGGAAAUCUAAAUGCCUUGUUUGUGGGCAUAAUAAUAAUGUGCAAUUUUCAAUUCUCUUGUAAUGAUAAAUCUAGGAAUUAUAACUUUUAUCCAUAAACAGGACCUAUUUCCAAGUUGAGCCAUCCUUGAAGAAUGAGAUAUAUUCACAAAACUCAUUCCCCACACCCAGACUUGUUGUCUUUAUGGGGAAUAUUCAAUAUGUAUAUCAAUUAAUUUGAUGUUGUGAUUAAGGAAUGUAAUAAUAAUAAUAAAUGUAUAUUUUGUC